AGGAGAGUCGGACCAGAGGGAGCAUCCACCUCCUUCUCCACCUCCUCCUCCUCCUCCACCACCGCGGCGGCAGCGCACGUCACGUGACCACCGUGUCUGCUGCUGCUGGCCGAGUGAAGCGUGUUAGCAGGUUUUUCUAUUUUGUACAUACAGAGUUUUGUAUAUACUGUAUAUGAUGAGCUCGCUGGGCAGCGACAAGGCCCGGGGUCCUCGGGAAAAAGCGCUGCCAGCUGCUGCCCCUCACAACCCUCAACCACAGAAGCAAAUACAGGCUACCGCUGAGCAGAUCCGGCUUGCUCAGAUGAUCUACGACAAGAAUGACGCCGACUUUGAGGACAAAGUCAACCAGCUGAUGGAGGUGACUGGGAAGAAUCAAGACGAGUGCAUGGUAGCGCUUCAUGACUGCAACGAGGACGUUAGCAGAGCCAUCAAUUUCCUCCUGGAGAGCACUUCGGACAUGACCUCAUGGGAGACGGUGGGGAAGAAGAAGCCUCUGGUGAAGGAGGGCCCGUCGGAAAGCAAGGAGAACAAGGAGAACCGGGAGAAGAAAGGGGAAAGGGAGGCCAGCAAGGGCCGCGCCUCCGCCAGCCGCAAAGGCAAGGGGGCCAGUCGCAAUCGGCAGGCGCGUCCAGAGGAGAACGGGGUGGAAGCGGCUCCGGCGGACAAAGGGUCGGAUCGAGGUCGGAGGGCCAGGGGUAGCAGAGGGUCAGGAGGUCGGGGUCGAGGCAGGGCACAGACGGGGAGUCGGUUCUCAGCACAGGGCAUGGGGACUUUCAAUCCUGCGGACUACACCUCGGAGGCCGGUUCUGGGAACACGCAGACCGAGGUUUGGGACGCGGCCGACAACAACAACAACGAUGGCGGCGGCGGCGGCAGCACAGACGGCACAGUUGCCUGGAGGAGUACCAUGGAGGAGUGGGCGGCCGAGGAGUGGAACGAAGACGUCAGCCUUUCCGAGACCAAGGUGUUCACCUCCUCGAGUGCACCCGCUGCCGAGAACCACAUCACCCCCGGGCAAAGUCUGGACCUUGCUUCUCUGCUGCAAAAGCCUGGAGUCGGAGGAAGAGAGCCACCUUCCUCCUCUUCCACACAGAGUCUGGUAUUCACCAACUCCCACCACCAUCAUCAUCAUCAGCAGCAGCAGCCGCAGCCGCCGCCCCCCAGCCGCAACACGACCGGCAGCACCAGCUACGCCCACGCUGCUCUGUCCUCCGUUCUGGGAGCUGGUUUCGGGGACCUGGGCCAGGCUAAGAGGUCUCAGCCCAGCGCCGGGGCUCAGAUCCUGGAACAACUCAAGGGUCCCGGCUUGGGCCAGCUGCCCUCGUCCCAGGCCGCGCCUCCUGUCAGCACCCAAGGAAACAACGCCUCCAUUGGUCGACUGCCCGGCCUGGGGGCAACCGUACCUCCGCCCUCGUCUUCGAGCUGGGACAUGAAGGCCUCGGAGUCCAACGCCGCCUCCCUGACCUCCCAGUUCAGUCGCGAGUUUGGGCUGCAGCCCGAGCCUUCGCUCGUACUGAGCCAGCUGGUCCAGAGGCACAGCGUUCCCUCCCUGCCUCUGGCUCGCCAGCCCAGUCCGCCGCUGACGCAGCAGGCGCCGCCGGCGCCGCCGGCUUCAGCCUCGCCCGCUCCCCAGCACAUCAGCACGUCGGCGCAGGCCAGCCCGGCGAUGGCCGCCAAACCCGCCGCUCCCAGUCCAGGGCUGGACCCUCACGGCAGCAGCACACCGCAGCAGCACCGGGCGCAGCUCAAGGGCCCCAAGCGGAGGAUACCCCCCACGUCCAAGAUCCCGUCCACAGCCGUGGAAAUGCCAGGUUCUGCCGACGUCCCGGGGCUAAACCUCCAGUUCGGAGCUCUGGACUUCGGCUCAGAGUCUGCGUUGCCGGAGUUUGGGGUCGUGGACAACUGUGUGAGCGCAGCGUCGCGGGAGUCCACGCUGGCGCCGGCCCCGGCAGCACCAGCGCCAGGACCUGGCACCCAAAGCCACACAAGCCUGUACUCAAAACCUCUCAGUGAGUCGCUGGGCAGCUCUCUCUCCGUCGCCCUCCCGUCGCCGCUGUCCUCGUCUGAGCCGGUGUACCACUCCUGCAGCGCGGCCAUGCCCAGCCUCACGCCGUCGCUGGGCACCAGCAGCUCGGCCAACCCUCCGUCGUCCACCUCAGUGACCUCAGCCGCCUCGUCCUCUGCGCCCUCCGCCUCCUCCCACUACUCCUCGGUGGGUGGGGGUUACGAAGGGACGAUGGGCCCUCACACGCGUCUUGCUUUUUCCCAGAGCAAAGAGCCAACGGGGCCAGUGAUGAAUGGACUGAACGGUGUAAGAACUUCUGCUUCUCUAGACGCUUCGUCGGCCGCUUCCACGCCAAAGCCAGAAUCGCCGUCCGUGAACAUCAACGCCAACGGCCCUUCGGCGGCCUCGUCCCACCUCACCCCCUCCCUGCCCGCACACAGCACCGCCGCGCUCUCCAGUCUGGCACAGGAGCUGCCGUCAGCUAGCCAGCUCAACUCGCUCAACAGCCACGUCAGCAGCCAUUCCUCGGUGUCAGCUCUGGGAUCCAGCGCUCUCACUUACACGAGCGGCGACAGCAGCAACGCCAGCUCCCUGGCGCCCUCCUCCAGCUCCUACACGUCGUCGCAGCCGCCCGCAAACGCGUCCCUCCACUCGGCCCACAGCAGCAGCAGCAACAGUAGCAGCGGCGGCGGCGGCAUCGGCCACCUGGCCAACAUGCCCGGCAUGGGCGGCGGCAUGGGCGGCACGGUCGGGGCCAUCGCCGGCGGCUUCCACUCGGCGGCGGCCAUCGCCACCAGCGCGGCGCUGGGACUCGGCUCCAACGGAGCCACCGCCACGUCCAACCUGUCUGCACCGAGGACCACGCCGCUGCUCUCCUCCACCGGCAAAACUCCCCCGAACCUUUCCCAGGGCGUCCCUCCUCUGCUACCAAACCAGUAUAUAAUGGGACCAGGGGGCCUGCUGCCCGCUUACCCGCAGAUCUAUGGCUAUGAAGACCUCCACAUGCUCCAGUCUAGACUGCCAAUGCCCUCUUUGCAGGAUUACUAUGGAAUCACCUUCCCCGGACCAACAGCUGCUCUCUCUGGCAGAGACGGGAGUCUAGCCAGCAACCCCUAUUCAGGUGACGUCACAAAAUUUCCCAGGAACGACUCCACCUCCCCAGCGCCCCCCACCAGCCUGGCCGCCCCCCAGCCUCCCCAGGCCCAAACCCAAGGACAGACCCAGGCUCCGCCCCAGCCCCCCCAGGCCCAGCCCCCCCAGGCCCAGCCGCAGCACCACAGCAGCCAGCAGGCCUUCCUGCCGCCGGGCUACAGCUACACGGGCCUGCCGUACUACCCCGGCGUGCCCGGCGCCGUGCCCAGCGCGCCCGCUUUCCAGUACGGCCCCACCAUGUUCGUUCCGCCCGGAGGCCCCGGGCCGGCCUCGGCCAAGCAACACGGCAUGGGCCUCGGCCUGGGAAACCCCUCGGCCACGCCGUUCCAGCAGCAGGCGCAGCAGCAGCAGCCCAGCGGUUACGGCCAGCACGCCUUCGGCUCAGGUUACGAGGAGCUGACAGCGGGGCCGGCAGGAGUGGAGUACAGCAAAGGUUACAACUCCUCUUCACAGGCACAAGCCAAAUCCGCUGCCGCGGGGCCUGGAAAAGGGGUCUCCGUGACGUCCAGUAACUCCGGCGUGCCAGACAUCAGUGGAAGUGUUUACAAUAAGACCCAGUCUUUCGAUAAGCAGGCUUUCCAUGCAGGGACCCCUCCUCCGUUCAACUUGCCGUCAGCGCUGGGGGGCCCGGGGCCGCUAAACCCUGGAGCAGCCCCUGGAGGCUAUGCACCGGCGCCAUUCCUCCACAUCCUGCCUCACCAGCAACCACACUCACAACUGCUGCAUCACCAUCUAGCUCAGGAUGCACAGGGCGGGCCGAGCCAGCGCGGUCAGUCCAGCAGCCUGCAGCAGAAGAGCCAAGUCAACAAGUCGAGCUACGGCAGCUCCCCCUACUGGGCCAACUGAGACAGUUACAUGUGCUGUGCCGCGCAUGCGUGGACACACACACGGGCAGAUCGCACAUGAUCAUGAGGGACAAAGCGUUUUUACAACACAAGCUAAAACACACACACUACCAUCCUCUCCCCUUUGCUCUGUAUAUCCCCCUUUUCAAAUUUAUGGCUGUUGUAUGUAAAAUAUAUUUAUGUAUUUAUACAGUAUAUAUGUAUUGGUAGGACAUAAAAUGUGGUUUUCUGCAUUGUUUUUAUUUUGAAGGACAUUUUAUUUCAAAAAAAAAAAAAAAAGUGGAAAGAUGAGAAUGCUAAACCAAGGAGAUAAAGUUGGUAAAUAUACUUGAACACAAGCAUCUUGUGAUGUGAUUUUUCUUUUUUAUUUCUUUUUUGGUUUGCAACCAUAGACUGAGAAUGGUGUACAUAGAUUAUAACGCAUCAUUUUCACAGCAAAGGCCUUUUUUUAUUUUGGAAAAAAAAAACUGUUUUUGUAACGUUGGUCACCCACAUCUGUGAAUCCUUAUACUGAGGGUGACUUUAUAGCUUGACUUUUCUUCUUUCUCCCCAUUUCUUUCCAUUUGUCUCUCCUUCCUGAAUUCUUACUUGUCGGCUGGUUUGAUCAGCUGAGCCUUGGAUUUGAUGUCAUUUUAAUCCUUGUUGUCCAAAUUAAAAGUUAUUAACAGUU